CAUCACAAAUAUUAUAGAAAUUCUGCUGUUAACCAGCUUUAUAUUGGGCAAGAGGGUUUCCCUCUUUGGGCCUUGUUUUCUCAAUAGAAUUAAUUCCAGUUCUCUCUCUGUCUUUAAGUGCAACAAUUAAUGAUAGUUUCAUUAAAGUACCUUCUAAUUUUUUAGGCUGAUUUUUCUUACUUUUUUGGAAUCCUAUGCACAGAUUUCAGACAUCAAUGUAUAACUUUAUUCUGAAAAAAGAUCUAGUUUUCAGAUGUCUACCAGGAAUGAACUACAUGUUUUACCCAUGAAUAUAUGCAGGCACUCAAUGAUUUAUUAAGGUUCAUCAGCGAAUGAUUAUUCUAGCAAAUUUGUUUGGAGAUCUUUUUGGGAAAGACACUUAAUGACUGAUAACAUUAUGCUUUAGUAGUGCUGGCCAAUAUGGACACUCAUAAUGGUCUUGUGAUUUAGUCCUAGGGAACCUCUUAAGCUCUUGCUUGUUCCCACUGAGAUUGCUCAUGAGGGUUUCAAAGUCCUUCCCCAGCAUGGUCCUUAGCCACUGGACUUGCAGAACUCUUGAGGACCUGAAUCAAGGCUGGAGGUAGGGCUGGAUCCUCAGGUUUUAUUGCCAGCAACACCUCAAUUUAGUGGAACCUGGACUGUAAUCAUCUUGAUGAUUUGUAAAGCUGUUUUUCUUGUCAAUCUUUACCGUUUCUGGCAUCAAAAAGAUGGAAGUAUUUUGAGAGUCUUUGUGAUGCUCCUGGACUCUAGUACGUGCUUGGGUUCAAGUCCCAGCUCUGUCACUUACGAUUUGGGUAUCCCGGGGGAAGUUAUAACUUCUAUGUGCUUUGGUGUCUUUAUCUGUAUGAUAGGGAUGACGAUAAAGCCUUUCGUAAAGGUUGGUUUUGAGGAUUAAAAUAAGUCUAUGUCUAAAGCAUUUAGAACUGUUCUAUCACAUAAGUGUUUAGUUAAUUUUAACUGCUUUUUCUUUUUUUUUUUUUUUUUUUGUUUGAGACGGAGUCUUGCUCUGUUGCCCAGGCUGGAGUGCAGUGGCGCGAUUUUGGCUCACUGCAACCUCUGCCUCCCGGGUUCAAGUGAUUCUCCUGCCUCAGCUUCCCAAGUAGCUGGGACUACAGGCAGGCACCACCAUGUCCAGCUAAUUUUUGUAUUUUUUAGUAGAGCGGGGUUUCACUAUAUGUUGGCCAGGCUGGUUUCGAGCUCCUGACCUCUAGUGACCCACCUGCCUUGGCCUCCCAAAGUGCUGGGAUUACAGGCAUGAGCCACCAUGCCCGGCCCUAAUUUUAACUGUUUUUAUUGGCACCUGUCGCACAGUGUUUAUUCUUCUGUCCUUAUUCUCUAGCCUAGGGUGAGAAAAAUUCCAGUCUUUAUCCUUACCUUGUUAAACAUUGCUUGAGUCACCAUGGUAUUUGCUUCAACACCUAGGACACAAUAUCUGAAUCCUUCUCAACAUUAUAAUGGAUCCAAAUGAGAAUGAAACCUAUUUCAUGAAACCUGUUUGCCAACUCAGAUUAUUUAUGGAGUUCUUGAUUUUUAUUUUUUUGCUCCAAAACAUAAAUUUGAAAUGUUGUUUACAAAUCUGAGUUUUUUGUUUGUUUUUACUAAAUUUCAGAGUAGUUUUAUUAUGAAAAGCAUAAAAAAGAUAUGGUUUCUAUAGCCAGAAAUAGGGUCUAAUUCUAAGAUGAGUUUUGUCAGUGAAUUGUUACUAUUUUGAAUGCCUUUCACUUUAUAUUCAAAAGCAGAUGAGUAAAGCUUCCUGUCACAGAUACUUUAAGAUGUUAAAAUGAUUGUGCAGCAAUAAUAGCACAGUAAUGGAAACUUAAUUUUUUGAGGCUAUUAUUAGCACACAAUCAUGAGUUCUUUAGCAUCUCUACUGGGACAUUAGGAAGCUAAUUUUUUAGGGAGGCCUUGGUGCAUGGGAAGCUAAUACUUCACUAAUUUUAAAAGAAGAAUUAAAACAAGAUUAGGAGAGUCUUUACCAUGUGCCAGAUACUUACCUAAGUAUUUUAUAUUUACUACUUGUAAUAGCUCUAUUAGGAAGUAUUAUUAUUUCUUAUUUUACAGCCAAGGAAGCUGAAGUAUAAAAAGAUUAGGCAAAUUCCCAGGGUGAUACAACUCAUCAGAGGAAGAGCUGAGACUCAAACUCAGGGGGUCUGAUUGCCAAACAAACAAUCUUAACACCCAAUUAUGCUACUACCUACAAAGAAUAAAUUGCCAAUGAAUUAUUAAGACCAAAUCAUGGAAGUCUUAAAUACCAGGCAAAGUGACAAGAUGAGAGCCGCACUUUGAGGAUUUUAUGCCAAGUACAGCGUGUGGGCUGGUUUAAAGGGAAGAAAGAUUAGAGAUCAUUGCUAGUAGCUAAGGUGAGAAGUAAUGAGGACAUGGGUUUAGGAAACAGGAUUAAGAUAACAGCUUGAAAACACCUGUAUUUAGGUGGACAGAGGAAAAGGAAAUCUAGAAACACAGGCAGAGAAGUAGAGGAGGGAGGCCGUGUAGUGCCACCCAAGGGGAGAUUCUGGAACUGAAAACCAUAGAGAUCAGAGAGGACUGGAACAAAAACAAAGAUGAGUGGGUUUGGAGAUAGUAAUUCAUUUAUUCAUUUAUUGACUUUUUUACUCAUGAAAUAAGUAAAUAUUAUUAUGCACCCAUAAUGUGACAGGAAUUAUGCUGGAGGGGAACCCAUGUAAAAUGUUCUUCUUUAUUACCAACUUUGCUACUUAUUAGCAAGAUAGCCUUUGACAAGUUUUUUUUUGUUUUGUUUUAAACUUUUCAAAAUCCUGGCUGCCUCUUCUGUAGUAUGAUACAUAAGUCCUCACUGUGUCUAAAUGCCCCCAACUCUUGCGGUCUUCCCAGCUCUAAGAUCUGUAAUUCUUGGGUUCAAGUUGUAAAUUGCAAUAAUUGGAAAUGUUGUAAAUAUGUGGCCAGUGAUUCAGUUGGCACUUAGGUGAAUCAGAAGGAGAUGCAAGAUAAGGUGUGUGUCCUAUAGGUGUAAUGUGAAUGGAGGAAUCUUACAUAUUUUCCCUCAAAAAUACCGGUAGUGUCAUACUGACAUUAUAGUAGAUGGAAGGAUGAGACUGAAAAUAAUACAGGAAAGAUAGUGUCCAGGGAAUUAAAAAAAAACAAAAACAAACAAACAAAAACCCCCCGCAAACAUUCCCUAGAGUGGUGAGGGAAAUUUUUCUCAAAGCCACUUAUUUUCAAAGGGAAUCUGACUAGUUUCUUCAGAGAAACUUCUGUUGAUUGAAAACUUUCAAAGGUCAAGCCCUAAAGACUCUUAAAAGAUGUAGCAUAAAACUUAGAAUGAGCUGCCAGUUCCCCUCAAAAACUGUUUUCUGUGAAGCCCUGAUCUUCUCGGCUGGAUACAAUUCUUUUUUUCUCUGACCUUCUCCAGCAGUGCUUCUCAAACACACAGAUCACAUGGGGUUUGCCAAAAUCCACUUGACUCAGUGGAUCAAAGGUUGGAGCUGAGACUCUGCAGCUCUACCAACUUCCCAGGUGAAGCCAGUACUGCUGGUCCAUGGACCACACUUUGAAUAACAGAGGUGUAAAAUAGUUUGCUUUAAUUCUCAUAGCAGAUAAUGGAAAUAAUUUUGAAACAGUGUAACAUCUCCUUCACAAGACUGUGAGCUCUAUUCUCCAUAUCCUAAAGUCGAGUACAUACACAUUAUGAAAUGCUUGAUAUUAAUAGAUAAGAGAUUCUUACCUCGGUCAGUGAUUCGUAUUAUUCAAUAGCAGUAAUAAUUUGAAUUGGUAUAGGUAGGGCUUUUUUUUAAACUGAGAUAAGCACCAGCAUGCAAUAUAACUGAGAUAGGCACCAGAAUGCAAUAUAAAGUUUUCAUAUAAAGUUAAACGUGUUUACUAUAUGGCCCAUGAAAACAUAUAUCCACCCAAGAAGUUGCACUUGAAUGUUUAAUCCAGCUUUAUUUGCAAUAACCAAAAAUUGCAAAGAAACCAAAUGUAUAUUGCCUGGUGAACUGAUAAAUAAAUUGUGGUAUGACCAUACAAUGGGAUGCUAUUUAGCAACAAAAAGGAAUGAACUCCUGGUACAAGCAACAACUUGAGCAUUUUUAAAAAAAGUAUUAUGUUAAUUGAAAGAAGUCAGAAGUAAGAUAUAUAUUAUAUGAUUCAAUUUCUAUGAAAUUUUAGAAAAGCAAAACUAUAGUGAUAGAAGUUAGAGACCAGGCUGGACAGUAUAGUGAGACCCUGUCUCAAAAAAAGGAAAAAAAUGAAUAAAGCCGAUUUUAAAAAUUAGACACAGGCUGGGCAUGGUGGCUCGUGCCUGUAAUCCCAGCACUUUGGGAGGCCAAGGUGGGUGGAUCACUUGAGGUUAGGAGUUCGAGACCAGCCUGGCCAACAUGGCAAAACCCCAUCUCUAUUAAAAAUACAAAGAAUUAGCUGGGCAUGGUGGCACGUGCCUGUAAUCCCAGCUACUUGGGAGGCUGAAGCAGGAGAAAUUGCUUGAACCUGGGUGGUGGAGUUGCAGUGAGCCAAGAUCGUAUCACUACACUUCAGCCUGGGCAACAGAGCAAGACUCCAUCUCAAAAAAAAAAAAAAACAAAAAAAAACAAAAAACAAAAAACGUAGCCACAGUCUUCAACCUGUUAACAACAUCUAAUGCUUCUUGGAAGCUGAUAUCUUAUUAGCAGGAUGUUAAUAUGAGAAUACAGGGACAAUUUUUACUUUAAGAGAAUAAAUGGGCAUGGAAAGAAAAUGUGAAUAAACAGUAGGAACAAAAGAAGUUCCCUAAAAGCUUACUUGUGUACUUGCAAUGGACCUGAGUUUGAAGAGAGAGCCCUUGAAAACAGGAACUCCAGUUCUUUUAUUUUUAGCAUCCCAUAUAGUUGUUAUUAGCUGAAUGAUUUUAGUGUGUCCCGCUGUGCUAUUAAAGAAGAAAAUUCUGCUGAGAAGUCAUUUCUCUCCUUUUUAUAUUCUUUGCAGUGAGUACACCCCACUUUCAGGAGAGGAUCUGGUCAUCUGCUUUGGCAGAGGGCUUAUCUUUAAUUAAGUGAAAAGGUGAGCCAGCCAUGAGAGGGUAUCUUGUGGCCAUAUUCCUGAGUGCUGUCUUCCUCUAUUAUGUACUGCAUUGCAUAUUAUGGGGAACGAAUGUCUAUUGGGUGGCACCUGUGGAAAUGAAACGGAGAAAUAAGAUCCAGCCUUGUUUAUCAAAGCCAGCUUUUGCCUCUCUGCUGAGGUUUCAUCAGUUUCACCCUUUUCUGUGUGCAGCUGAUUUUAGAAAGAUUGCUUCCUUGUAUGGUAGCGAUAAGUUUGAUUUGCCCUAUGGGAUGAGAACAUCAGCGGAAUAUUUUCGACUUGCUCUUUCAAAACUGCAGAGUUGUGAUCUCUUUGAUGAGUUUGACAACAUACCCUGUAAAAAGUGUGUGGUGGUUGGUAAUGGAGGAGUUUUGAAGAAUAAGACAUUAGGAGAAAAAAUCGACUCCUAUGAUGUAAUAAUAAGAAUGAAUAAUGGUCCUGUUUUAGGACAUGAAGAAGAAGUUGGGAGAAGGACAACCUUCCGACUUUUUUAUCCAGAAUCUGUUUUUUCAGAUCCUAUUCACAAUGACCCUAAUACGACAGUGAUUCUCACUGCUUUUAAGCCACAUGAUUUAAGGUGGCUGUUGGAAUUGUUGAUGGGUGACAAAAUAAACACUAAUGGUUUUUGGAAGAAACCAGCCUUAAAUCUGAUUUAUAAACCUUAUCAAAUCCGAAUAUUAGAUCCUUUCAUUAUCAGAACAGCAGCUUAUGAACUGCUUCAUUUUCCAAAAGUGUUUCCCAAAAAUCAGAAACCUAAACACCCAACAACAGGAAUUAUUGCCAUCACACUGGCGUUUUACAUAUGUCACGAAGUUCACCUAGCUGGUUUUAAAUACAACUUUUCUGACCUCAAGAGUCCUUUGCACUACUAUGGGAAUGCCACCAUGUCUUUGAUGAAUAAGAACGCGUAUCACAAUGUGACUGCAGAGCAGCUCUUUUUGAAGGACAUUAUAGAAAAAAACCUUGUAAUCAACUUGACUCAAGAUUGACUCUACAGACUCAGAAGAUGAUGCUAACAGUGUUAGUUUUAUUUUUGUACUGCAAUUUUUAGUUUAAAAUAUGUUGGAUGCACUCGUCAAAUAAUUAUGUAUAUUGUCUGUUGCUGCCUGGUGAUUCAUAACCACCAGCUUAAUUUCUGUGAAUACUGUAUAUUUAACUUAUGAAAACCAAGAAACGUUAAGAUAUCAGGAAAA